CCUUGGACCAACGCCGGCCUGGAGUGCUGGGUAAGUGUUGGCAGGCGUCGUUGGGAGCUCCCGUAGCCGCCUUUCCAUUCAGGACUCUGAUGGGAUGCGGGGCAGGGCUGGUCCCUUUGGUUCAGGACUGGUCCUGGAUGGGUCACCCUGGCCUCUUCUUUGGGUUUGCCUUGUCUCCUUCGGGCUCAGCAGCCUGCAGCAAGCCUGUCCUCCCCGUCCUCUGCAGGCAAAGGUUCCUGGGGCCUGCCUGCUCACCAUUCGUGUCCUGCAGGCCCAUGGCCUGCCCUCGAAGGACCUAGUGACCCCCUCUGACUGCUAUGUGAGUCUGUGGCUGCCCACAGCCUCUAGCCACAGGCUCCAGACACGCACAGUCAAGAACAGCAGAAACCCCGUCUGGAAUCAGAGCUUUCGCUUCCGAAUCCACAGCCAGCUCAAGAAUGUCUUGCAGCUGCAAGUCUUUGACCAGGAUCUUCUGACCAGCGAUGACCCCAUGUUGUCAGUGCUAUUUGACUUGGGGACUUUGCAGGCUGGGGACUUCCGCCGAGAGAGCUUCUCACUGAACCCUCAGGGUGAGGAGCGGCUAGAAGUUGAAUUUCGGCUGCAGAGAUUGACAGACUGUGCUGAGCAGCUUUUCAGCAAUGGCAUCCUGGUGGCCCGGGAGCUCUCCUGCUUGCAUGUUCGACUGGAGGAGGCGGGGGACCAGAAGCAGUCCGAGGGCAGAGUUCAGCUUGUGGUUCCUGGGUCCUGUGAGGGUCAACAUGAGGCCUCCGUGGGUGCUGACCCCUUCUGCUUCCAUUGCCCAGCCUUCUGGGAGCAGGAACUGGGUAUUCUUCUGCAGGAUGCCCCUCAAGAGCAACUGAAGGUGCCCCUAAGGGCCUUGCCCUCUGGCCAAGUGGUGAGGCUUGUCUUCCCUACGUCCCAGGAACCCCUGAUGAGGGUGGAGCUGAGAAAAGAAGAAGGACCGAGGGAGCUGGCGGUGCGGCUGGGCUGCAGCCCCUGUGCCGAGGAGCAGGCCUUCCUGAGCAGGAGGAAGCGGGUGGUGGCCAGAGCCCUGAAGCAGGCCCUGCAGCUGGAUGAUGACCUGCAGGAGGACGAGAUCCCCGUGGUAGCUGUUAUGGCCACCGGUGGUGGGAUCCGGGCGAUGGUUUCCCUCUAUGGGCAGCUGGCUGGACUGAGGGAGCUGGGUCUCUUGGAUUGCAUCUCCUACAUCACAGGGGCCUCGGGCUCCACCUGGGCUUUGGCCAACCUCUAUGAGGACCCAGAAUGGUCUCAGAAGGACCUGGCAGGGCCCACCGCGACACUGAAGACACAGGUGACCAAGAGCAAAUUGGGCGUGCUGGCCCCCAGCCAUCUCCAGCGGUACUGGCAGGAGUUGGCUGAGCGUGCCCGCCAGGGCCACCCGACCUGCUUCACCGACCUGUGGGCCCUCAUCAGCGAGGCACUGCUGCACGAUGAGCCCCAUGACCACACACUCUCAGCCCAGCGGGAGGCCCUGAGUCAUGGCCAGAACCCUCUGCCCAUCUACUGUGCCCUCAACACCAAGGAAAAGAACCUGACCACCUUUGAAUUUGGAGAGUGGUGUGAGUUCUCCCCUUACGAGGUUGGCUUUCCCAAGUACGGCGCCUUCAUCCCCUCUGAGCUCUUUGGCUCUGAGUUCUUCAUGGGGCGCCUGACCAAGCGGCUUCCUGAGUCCCGAAUCUGCUUCCUUGAAGGUAUCUGGAGCAACCUGUACGCAGCCAACCUCCAGGACAGCUUAUACUGGGCCUCAGAGCCCAGCCAGUUCUGGGACCGCUGGGCACAGGAUCGGGUCACCCUGGACAAGGAGCAGGUCCCUCUUCUGAAGAUAGAAGAGACUCCCACAGGGGCCGGCAGGAUUGCUGAGUUUUUCACUGACCUUCUGACACGGCGCCCACUGGCCCAGGCCACCCACAAUUUCCUGCGAGGCCUCCAUUUCCACAAGGACUAUUUCCAUCAUCCUUACUUUUCCACCUGGAAAGCCACCAAACUGGAUGGGCUCCCCAACCAGCUGACACCUGCAGAGCCCCACCUUUGUCUGCUGGAUGUUGGCUACCUUAUCAACACCAGCUUCCCGCCCCUCCUGCGGCCCACACGGGAUGUGGACCUCAUCCUGUCGCUGGAUUACAACCUCGGAGGAGCCUUUCAGCAGCUGCAGCUCCUGGGCCGGCUGUGCCAGGCGCAGGGCAUCCCUUUCCCGCCCAUCUCACCCAGCCCUGAGGAGCAGCGCCAGCCUCGCGAGUGCCACUUGUUUCUGGACCCAGCCUGCCCCGACGCCCCGGCUGUGCUGCACUUCCCUCUGGUGGAUGGCUCCUUCCGCGAAUACGAGGCCCCUGGCAUCCCGCGCCCCCCUGAGGAGAAGGCGGCCGGGGAGGUGAACCUGUCUUCCUCCGACUCCCCCUACCACUACUCUAAGCUGACCUACAGCCCGGAGGACGCAGACAAGCUGCUCUGCCUGACCCAUUACAACAUCUGCAACAACCGGGAGCGGCUGCUGGAGGCGCUGCGGGGUGCCCUGCAGCGGAGGCGCGGGCGGCACCAGCCCCAGUGAGGGCGUGAGGCUCCCCCGCUGCCUGCCACCCCCCCCCCAAGGCGAACAGGACAAGUUUCCUCCCCACGUGUUCCGGAGCCCCUGGGGCCUGGAGGGCCCUGCAGCCCCCAGCAACCUCGCCACAUCCACAUGCAGGGGCCUUGAGCAUCUUAAAAGGGCUGGGCCUUGGCUCCUCGGG